AUGAGAAAAGUAGAGACGCGACGAAAAGAAAAUCAAUCACCAUUUCAAUCGAGUGAAGCCUCGAAAGAGCCAGUGAAAUCUCAGAUCAUCCUGUUAUUCGCCGAGCCUCAAUCUGGAGGAGGAAUCAACAAAUGCAGAACCGACGAUGAACGUCUCCGGUUGGAAACCCUAGAAGUUUCAUCUCGGUUUCUCAAGAAGAAUCGCAAAAACGUAAACAAAAAAUCAUUGCCGGUGGUGAAUCCGGAUCAUCUGCUCUCCGGAGAUGAUUUCUCACCUUCUUCUUCUCGAUUAGUUGGAACAGAAGCAACUAGGAGCAUUGCAUCUAACGAGAAAACUUCUCCUGCUGGCCUUGGUUCCUUGUUUUCUAAUGCUGUAGGAGAUGGACUCUCAGGUGUUGAGAAAGCAAGAUUGAUGUCAAUGCUACGCCAAAGUGUUGUUACUCUCACAAAGGAAGUAGAUGAGAUGUUGGGCCCUGUUUUUUCAAUGCAUCGGUUAAGAGCUCUUAUGGGACCUACAAAGACCUGUGCAAGAUUUCAAGAUUCAAACUGUGAAGUUGUGACUGAAAAUCGUGCACCAAAGAGACUUAAGGGAACACCAAAUGAACAAAAGGGUAUGGCUAUAUCAGAUAAGUCCUGUCAGAAUAAGGGAUGUGCAAAGUUUUCUGAAAUGGACAAUAAUACCCAAAAAAGCAACACUAAUGAAUCCAAGUCAUUGUGUGGUGAUUGUUUAAAACAAGCAAAUGGCUCUCAUGAAUACAUGAAUGAGUCGUUUUUGGGAUCAACUUCUAGAGAUGAUAAAGAAAAUGGAGAGGUUAAUGAUGAUUUGCAAGUUCUUCUGGUAAACAGAGGUCCUAAGGUUGUAGAAAAGAUGGAUAAACAUUCUGCUGAAUUAUCUGCAAUGCUUGGGUGCAUGGAGGAGAAACUUGAAGAGCUUCUUGAUGUUAUCAUUUCCAGUUGCAGGCUCAUGACCCUUUUGGAAAAGCAUAAGCUACGAAAAUUAAUUGUAAAGUUGCCUCCAAAAAACUUGGAUCGUGUUGCGGAAAUAAUACAACGGGGAAAGCCAUCUGAAAAGCGAUCUUGCGAUAACAUUGAUGUUGAUCUGCAACAAGAGGAUAAUAUAACACUAUGGAGAUUAUACUUUUACGUUAAAGCAGUUGAAAAUGCUCAAAAGCUUUUUUAGGAGUCACAGACGUUCUUAUAGCCUUCACGAUUAAAAAGAUUUUGUUGUAACGAUCUAACGUUUCUUAUGUUGAGGAUGUUUGGUUCAAAGUAAGUCACAGGUGUAUAUAUACAUAUCUUUGGGAAAAGUUGUACAUACAACAAUCGAUCGAUCAUCCGAAUGUUAUCUUUUAGCGGAAGACAAGAUUUGUCGUUUUUUUUUGUUCCAUAAAUAAUCACUUUGUAGUUAUACUAUCUUUUGGGGGUUAUGAAUUUUGGUUACAAAGUUUUAUGUUAAAGUGAUAAGGGGGUGUUUGGAAGUGC